CUCCUAUUUGUCAGAUAGCAUCACUAUGGGUGGGGAUUCAAAUUGUACAAAUGGUGGGGCUGAACUCUUGGGCCUAAGGGACGGGGCCAAAAUUUGUCAAUUUGGCUGAAUUGAUAUUAUAACGACAUCUUCUCUGCAACUCAACAAUGGAUAUCGCUCAUAUUUAACUGGUAGCACCGAUAUGGGUUAGGGAUUCAAAAUUGUACAAAUCGCUGGGCUGACCCCUCAUAGGUCUGAAGGGCUGGGUCAAAAGGAGUCAAUAUGGCUAAAUUGAUAUAAACAACUUCUUCUCUGAAACCUAGCAAUGGAUAUCUUUCAUAUUUGACUGGCAAGAUCCCUAUGGGGUAGGGAUUCAAAAUUGUACAAAUAGUUGGGCUGACUCCCCCUGGGGCCUGAGGGGUUGGGCCAAAAUUGGUCAAUUUGGCUAAAUUGAUAUAAACAACUUCUUCUCUGAAACCUAGCAAUGUAUAUCUUUCAUAUUUGACUGGCAAAAUCCCUAUGGGGUAGGGAUUCAAAAUUGUACAAAUGGUGGGGCUGACUCCCCCUGGGGCCUGAGGGGUUAGGCCAAAAUUGGUCAAUUUGGCUAAAUUGAUAUAAACAACUUCUUCUCUAGUAGUAUAAGUGAUGAAUAUCAUUCAUAUCUUAUGAACUUAUUAUUUAUAUCCUACAGCUAAACAGGAAACCAUGGCAAUGGACAUCAGCAAUGUCACAACCAGGCAAGAAACCAUGGCAGCCAGACAAGAAACCAUGUUAGCUGGACAGGAAACCAUAGCAACGGACAUUAGUAAUGUAACCAACAGACAAGAAGCCAUGGCAGCCAGACAAGAAACCAUGGCAGCCAAACAAGAAACCAUGUUAGCUGGACAGGAAACCAUAGCAACGGACAUUAGUAAUGUAACCAACAGACAAGAAGCCAUGGCAGCCAGACAAGAAACCAUGGCAGCCAGACAAGAAACCAUGUUAGCUGGUCAGGAAACCAUAGCAACGGACAUUAGUAAUGUAACCAACAGACAAGAAGCUAUGGCAGCCAGACAAGAAACCAUGGCAGCCAGACAAGAAACCAUGUUAGCCGGACAGGAAACCAUAGCAAGCAAUUCAGAAAUCAUACAAGAUAAGACUAGACAAGAAAUCCAUGCCAAUCUACUGCCCUUGAUAACUAAACAGGAAACCAUGGCAAUGGACAUCAGCAAUGUCACAACCAGGCAAGAAACCAUGGCAGCCAGACAAGAAACCAUGUUAGCUGGACAGGAAACCAUAGCAACGGACAUUAGUAAUGUAACCAACAGACAAGAAGCCAUGGCAGCCAGACAAGAAACCAUGGCAGCCAAACAAGAAACCAUGUUAGCUGGACAGGAAACCAUAGCAACGGACAUUAGUAAUGUAACCAACAGACAAGAAGCCAUGGCAGCCAGACAAGAAACCAUGGCAGCCAGACAAGAAACCAUGUUAGCUGGUCAGGAAACCAUAGCAACGGACAUUAGUAAUGUAACCAACAGACAAGAAGCUAUGGCAGCCAGACAAGAAACCAUGGCAGCCAGACAAGAAACCAUGUUAGCCGGACAGGAAACCAUAGCAAGCAAUUCAGAAAUCAUACAAGAUAAGACUAGACAAGAAAUCCAUGCCAAUCUACUGCCCUUGAUAACUAAACAGGAAACCAUGGCAAUGGACAUCAGCAAUGUCACAACCAGGCAAGAAACCAUGGCAGCCAGACAAGAAACCAUGUUAGCUGGACAGGAAACCAUAGCAACGGACAUUAGUAAUGUAACCAACAGACAAGAAGCCAUGGCAGCCAGACAAGAAACCAUGGCAGCCAAACAAGAAACCAUGUUAGCUGGACAGGAAACCAUAGCAACGGACAUUAGUAAUGUAACCAACAGACAAGAAGCCAUGGCAGCCAGACAAGAAACCAUGGCAGCCAGACAAGAAACCAUGUUAGCUGGUCAGGAAACCAUAGCAACGGACAUUAGUAAUGUAACCAACAGACAAGAAGCUAUGGCAGCCAGACAAGAAACCAUGGCAGCCAGACAAGAAACCAUGUUAGCCGGACAGGAAACCAUAGCAAGCAAUUCAGAAAUCAUACAAGAUAAGACUAGACAAGGUAAAUCAAUCCUUUUACUGUUUAAAGUCAAAAAACCAUCCAAUUAUGCCCUUGAUAAGGGGGAUUGUUGA